AUGUCUUCUGAAUCCUCCAACAAGUACUACAAAGUCGGGGUCCUCCUGUUUCCCGGUGCAGACAUCCUCGACUUCGCAGGACCAAUCGAAGUUCUAUCCCAUGUCUCGCACAACCGAAACCCAGAGAGCCCCGACAGAAUGUUCGAAAUCAAAACUGUCGCUUGCAGCCCCGCCAUUCGUGCUGCGAAUUCGCUUACAGUUCACCCAGACCUGCUUUUACCAGAUGCGGUCGAUCAGAUUUCAGAAUUUCAUAUCCUGGUAAUCCCAGGUGGUCCCCCGUCAGUUUUGCAGCCAUUAAUUGAAAACAACGCACUAGAGCUGGACUUGAUUCGCAAAUUUACAGCGCUACCUGCAGAUGCAUUAUCAAGUACCCGGAUUUUGCUGUCGGUUUGCACCGGCGCUUUUCUCCUUGGGGCCGCGGGUGUACUCGGUGGAAUGACUGUGACUACCCACCACCAUGCCCUUGACAGACUUCGAGAUAUAUGUGCUCGUUCUAAUGCUCCGGGUGAGCCUACUACGACUGUACUGCACAAGAGAUACCUUGAUGGGGGUCUGUUGAAGGGAGGCGGUGUUCGACUCCUCACGGCGGGAGGGGUAAGCUCAGGUUUAGACGCCACAUGCUACCUUGUUAGUCAAUUGGCAACACCUGACAUGGCGGCAUUUAUCACUCGGGUUAUGGAGUAUGAUUGGCGUGAGAUCAAAGAGUGA